AUGUUUGGAAUUCCUUUUCCAGGAGCAUUUGGUCACUUUGCUUAUCAUGAUGAUGAUUUCGAAGAUGAAUUUGAGGAGCAACUUCCACCCCAAGAUGUAGAUAAUAAAGAACUAUAUGAAAUAUUAGAAAUUCCUCCUCAAUCGGAUAUUCCUGCUGUUAAAUAAGCAUAUAAAACACUAGCCAAGAAAUAUCAUCCUGAUAGACCUGGAGGAAAUUAAGAAAAGUUCUAACUGAUUCAAAAGGCAAAUGAAGUGUUGUCAGAUCCUGAAAAAAAGAAAAUUUAUGAUAAAUUCGGAAAACAAGGAUUGCUCAAACAACUCAAUGUCAAGAAUCCUUAAUUCAAAAAAUGCGAACCCCAUAAGCUCAAUCAUAAAAUUACACUUAAGGACGUCGCCUUGGGAGCAUACCAUAAAAAGACCUUAAAUGACAUUAGAAGAUCUUGUGAAGAAUGCUAAGGGUAGGGAGGCAAGCAAUCAGUUACUUGUUCAUCAUGCAAGGGAAAUAAAAUAGUUUAAAUGGUGGUGGAAGUGUAGCCUGGAAUAAAUAUGCUGCAAUAAGCGCCUUGUCCUGAUUGCAAAGGAAAGGGUAAGGCAAUAGCAAAGGAGGAUGAAUGCAAAUCAUGCAAAGGAUAAGGUAAUGUGGAAGGAGUAGUGGAGAUUGAAAUACCAAUUGAAAAGGGAGUUCCUGAUGGCUAUUGUGUGAAAUUAUAUGGCAAAGGCAAUUCUAAACCUGGAUAUGAAACUGGAGAUGUCCAUGCUUAUCUUGAAAUUGAAUAGCAUCCAAAAUUUAUUCGAAAAGGAACAGAUCUAUUCUAUUAGCAUACCAUUUCUCUGAAGGAAGCUUUAGUUGGUGUUAAUAUUCAAUUAGAAACCUUGGAUGAGAAAGUCAUUAACAUAACAACAGAUAAAGUAAUAAAGCCAAAUCAAAUAUUAACUAUAAAAGAGAAGGGUUUACCUACUUUCAAGGAUGAGCUUCAUUUUGGUGAUUUACAUGUGUAAUUUUACAUCGAGUUCCCCAAAGAACUAGAUCAAGAUGUCACUAAGAAAUUAGCAGAGAUUUUACCAGGACCCUCUUUUACACCCAAAUAGAAUAGUAUAAAGUUGCAAGAGUUUAAAUUUGAUGAGUUCGAGAAGCAUUAAGCAAGAAUAGAAGAAAAUGAGGAUGAUGAGUUUAAUCAAAAUGGGAUUGAAUGUUCAAUAUUUUGA